GUGUCUGUCACAAAAGAGUGCUCUCACCAACGUGGGCGUUUUGACUUGAGGUCAAAGCCAGCCUAAGCAUGAUAUCAGACAUGUUCCUCCUGUCUCCUCCCUUGUCAGUCGUUUCGGUAAACACCACUUUGUCUUACAUGCUGGAACGAUAGGGUACAAGUGCUUCUCUCCAAUCCCCGCCCAAUGCACAUCACCAUCUUAUCAGGUUGUACAAGGUCUCUUGUGAGACUGCGAGAAAUAUUUACCUGGCUCGAUUCGACUCGACUUUACCAUCCUCUUCCAGCUUUUCUCUUUUUUUAUAUGCCAGCGGGAGCGCGAGUUUACCUAGUCAACUUAUCAUCAGCAUCCAAGGUUACACCAUUCCGUCCAUCGCCAUCGCAAUCCCGUCGACAGCUCAGUCGAAGCCCUUCCUCUCUAGUAUGGGUAACCUAUGGGAGAAUACCUCGUCAGCUUCUAUUCCCAUGGUUAGCGUUAUGCCUUACCAAUAUCCACCAUUGCCCCCUGUCGACAUUGAGAUGGGUAUGUCGCCUCAAGGCUUUAUGCUUUGCACCGUUCCUUCCCAACAGCUUUCUUCUUUGAGCAUGUUUGAUAUUCGUGAUCCUCGGUCACCAAAUCAAGGGCAUGAUCUGAGUAUAAAAGGGGCAUUCUCAGCACCAACCGGUGAUCCUUUACAUCCUGCGGAAACAGAUGAGCAACCACAACAAAUGGGGACGAAAAAGAGGAGCAAACUAGGCUAUCAUCGUAUUUCAGUGGCCUGUGGUUACUGCCGGCGCCGAAAAAUCAGAUGCAUCACGUCGUCCUCUGACGCGCAAGGUCGUUGCAUUAACUGUAUUCGCUUGAGGAAGGAGUGCAGUUGUUUCCCAGUAAACCAAACAUCUACCGGCGACUCACGAGCAAAGAAAACGUCAAGGUUUCGUGCAAAAGUAAAAGGAAACUCAGCGCCAUCUAUUAGCAAUCCAGUAAAGCAACCAGGGAAACCAAGGCCACCAUUUAGCCCAUCAACAAAAAAGUCAACACCUAUUGCAGUUUCCACGACUAUUGAAGUCAUUAGGAUGGACGGGUUCCCGUCUGAAAUGAGAGCUUCAUCAGCAUCGCCAACGAAUCAGAACCGUUUUGGGAUAAGGGAUCAAGAUUUCUCCAACUGGGUGAUUGCAGAUGUUGACCAAAGCUCAACUUCGAACAUAGGAGAACUGAAUCCAACGUGGCGAACGUAUCCUUCGGAAUCACCUAUAGGCACACAAUUCUUACCGUUUGCGUCUGUACCGCCGUCUCCAGCUGGAUGGGCAGUUGGAAGCUCAAAACCCACAUCUCAUGGGGACGUGGAUCUUGCCUGGGUUCACUACGGGUCUCCGGUGCGACCCAUCCCGUAUGAAGGGGAGCCCAUAGACAGUCAUACUCCCUCUCAAUAUCCUCUGAUGGCCUCUAGCCGGCAAUUCGAGCGGAGGCCAUUUGCAUUGUCUGAUGUUUAUAUCACAUCUAUGACUGGUGUAGUUGCUGGAUUUGAAGCUGGCACUAGCUACAAUACAAACCCAGCCGUUCCUCUUUCAGCUGAAGUAGUGCAUCCAGCAAACCACACAGCGUGGGACCAGCCACAACCACGUCCAGGCUACACUUUUACAAAGGACCAAGACGCUUAUGCUGGUGGCUGGCCAUCUGGACGCAAUGGGCGAUGGCAUCCAUUACAGGUAGCCGGCCCCAGCCAGCAAUUCAGUAAUAAUGGAACAGCUUUACAUUUACAUUAGACGCGAUGAUCGUGGAGAAAAUCCUAGUACAUAUCUUGGGCGUAAUCUUCUUGGUGAGAGAAAUAUAUUCUAGUGGCUCUUCUCGUUAUUGCUUUUGAUGCCUCAUGGAUUGAGGAGAUCAAUGAUUGCACAUUUUAUGUUUCGCAACAUCGGCUUUGCAACUUACCAUGGGGAUGUGUAGUGAAAUACUUUUAGAAUAUUCUUUUUCAUGAUGAUAUAAUCACAGUUGAGCC